GUCCACGAUGCGCAACAAUCUCGCGUGGUGACGUUACAAUUUUUAUUAUAUCCCUGAGAAAAAUAUUAUUAUUUUUAAAACGUAAAAUAUGGCCAUGCUCAACGAAAUUAGUUUAAAUAUUUUGAAAUAUUACGCAUGUGUGAAUACUUAUACAUUAAAAAUACCUUAACAAUCUUGUAAAUAUAUUUUUUGAAAAACGGAAGUAAUCUUACGUCACACAUCACAAGGUAAACAACAUAUCACCAGCUAGCAAGUUAGCUCAUCCGUCGAAUGAGAGAAGUGUCUACUGGUCUGUACAUAAUCAUCACUUCAUAUGGACAUUAGUUGUUACAGAAUUUGACUUAGAAGAAUAAUACGUGUUGACAAGUGUCACAUCUACAUCUCUGUUUUGUGGAUGAUCUCUGUAUCAAUAUUGUACCACUCAAACGGCAAGCUAACUUUGGAGUGGCAAGCUGAGUUAGCUGCUAAUAUUCAUUCGAGUCUGGUGUAGCUCACAACAGAGAAUGGCGUCAUCUUUCGUUGUUGGAGACAAAUUCAGGGAGAAGGUGAAGGAACUGUUGGAUACAGAACCCUCAGUUCCCGGAGACUUGCUCGAAGAAUUGGAGCCCAUACUUGAUGGAGAGGGGGAGUCUAGUAUACGUUUUAAAACCGUGAGAAAACUCAACACCUACCUUCAAAAUAAUGGGCACCCAGUCUACCUUCACGAACUACUGGAAGACAGCAUACUAUUCUUACCAGAGUACAAAAAGCCUCCACGGAAUCCUGAGUUGGUGGCUCGUCUGGAGAAGAUAAAAGCAAAGCUUGCCAAUGAAGAAUACAAUCGGAUGACAAGAAAUGUGAACACUCAAGAAAUUAGCCGUCAUGGAACAUUAGCAGACUUUGGGAAGCAAGUGCGUUCGGCAAAAACAGCAGUUCUGACAGUCUUCAACUUCCUGGUUACGGUGGUUGCAGCAUUCGCCUGCGCUUACAUCGGCAGCCAGUACAUCUUCACAGAAACAGCAGCUCGUGUGAUUUCAGCAGUGAUCGCAGCCUCUGUUGUGGGUCUGGCAGAGCUUUAUGUUCUGGUACGGACUAUGGAGGGAGAUUUGGGAGAGCCAUGAUAUCCCCCCAACCCUACUACAGUUUAUGACGUUUCAUUCCAAUAGGAAUAUUUGCCUCUAUGGAACCUUAAAAGCAUCUGCUGUUUGAUGCUUUUAUGUUUCAAACUGAACAUUAUGAAUGAGGAAACUGGAAAAUCAAGUAUGUUAUAGCAACAAAUUAACUACUUGGACCAAAUUGUGAACAAGUCUUUGUCUAUCUUUAUUUAUUUUAUUUCCUUGUUUGAUGUUUUUGUGAAGAUUGUGUUAUAUGUAUUUGAUUACAAUUAUUUGCAACCUUUUAUCAGUGAAUGAUACAUCAAUUUAAUUUGUCAAUAACAUUUUGCUUACUGUCUGUUGAACUACAAUCUUAGUUAUUUCUAUCUUCUGAAUCCAUAACCUCUUGAAAUCCAUUGUCCGUAAUACAUGUAAGAGGUAUAUUCACUGAUAUUCACAAGGAAUGCACAAAAAGAUUGAUCAUCUUUCAAAAAUAAAUGUAAAUGUGUUAAAAAUUCAUGUGUUAAAUUAAGUGGUAUUUUACUAUUUUAGUGUCAUGUUGAUAAAGUAUGGUGUAUAUUUGAUUAUUAUUGCAAUCCUGUGAAUUAUGAUAUUCACAGUGCUGGAAAGUUAAAAUAACUUGUUCCAAAAUAAUUGGACAUUCCUGUAUUGAAGAAAUGUACCACAAAAACAACUGCACUCCCUGGAGUGAUUCUUGGUGCAUACCGUUUCAUUUAUGGCUUUUACAUAGUGGGAACCCAUCCAUCCACCACAUGAGUAACAGUCCUCUCUUACUCUGAAGCCCAUUGAAUUGCAGUAUGUGUUUGUUUAUUAUUUGAUACAGUAUUUAUAUCGGCUGUGGGUUCUUCCUUUUUGACCAUACCAGAUGUGUCCGUAAUUGUUGUGAGCUGCUGAACGGUGCUAAUCUGGUUUGAAAGGUUUUACUUGCAGAUGGAUUUGGGUGACAAGCAGCAACAACAUUCCACUAGCAACAUGUAGAGGGGAAAAUAGCUAUCAAAUGAUUUUUCUGACAACAGGUGUCCCUUGCCAUGAUUUGUAUUUAAUACAACCCUUAAGUAGGGAUCUGACAUUGUGCCCC